UUCUCACCUCAGGUAUCCGCUGCAUUGAAAGGUGAUGUUGGUCGCAAUAUCACAACCUCCCUUCAAAGGUCCAGUAUCCUUGUCUCUGCUGCACUUCGGGUCAUGCACCCAGAUCUAUAUCGGGCUGGAAUCAAAACUCAAUAUCAGUUACAAGACAUUUACCAUCAUCUCAAACAUUGGGCAUCUGUCUUCAAUGUAGUGUCAGUCAUUUUCAAUCACCAGUCACCACCUCAUAGAGAUCCAAAAUGUUGA